AUGCUUAAAUCAAAUAAACUAACUUCUGAGUCAGCUUUAACUACUAACAGACCAACUAGUCGUAUAGAUACUUCAUAAUUAAACAGAGGAUAUUCUUAAUACACCUAAAGAUAAAGUACAAACAAAAAAUUAUGGAUAAAAAUUAAUAAAGUCACUGAAGAUGUUACUGAUUCUAAACCUUAUAUUGCAAUUGAAAAGUAAAGAAAUACAAAUUCAUGUCAUAUAAGAGUAAAUUUAAUAGUAAUUUUAAUUAGCCAUCUUUAAGUAGGAAGACAAGUUCUGAUAUAAAAAAUUAUAUAGAUUAUAAUGAAAUUAAACAUUUCAUUAAAGAAGUUGAUCAUAAUUAUGAGGAUGAACCAUUUUCCAAAAAGGAUAAUCAAAAAUUAACAUUAUAAUAUUAAAAGGAAAAGAGACUCAAUCAUUUAAACUUAAUAUUGGCAACAUUUAGAGACAGGAUAAAAAGUAGAAAUAUAUCAAAUGAUAUAGAAUCUAAUAAUUAAUAAAGUAUUUAUAUAAUUUGAUGAAUACAAGAAUUUAACAAUAAAAUUAAGAUAAGAUCAAAAUAGAUUGCAAUAAUUAAGUACUUAAUUAAUAAAAUCUUAGAUAACAAUCUGAUAAUCAAAUAGGCUUUAAAAUUUCCUAAUUGAAAUAACAGAAUGCAUCAUAAUAGCUAAUUUACAGUAAUUAUCUUAAAGUACUAAAUCAUUUUAAAUUUUAUGAAUAUAGUCUUUUAGAGCCUCUUCUGAUUAUAUUUUGAAUUAAAUUCCACAUAUGCCUUCUUAAUAAAUAUCAAAAUUAACUGAUGAUUUAGGAAAUUUAGAGAAUUAUAAGUAAUAUAACAUUUAUAAUAAAUCAAUAAGUUUAACAAGUGAUAGACUUGAGAAUACAAAGGAAUAUUUUUAGAGACCCUAAAUAUCCAUGAAAUAAAUUCUAAGAAGAAAUUAAAAGAAUCCAGAUGAAAUAGAUAAUUAAUUAUUUAUAGAUGAAUCAAUAAUUAGUGAAACUGAAGGUAUAUAAAUUAUUUUAAUAAAUUUAGCCAAAUUAAAUUCAUUAUAUGGAGAAAGUAUUUCUAUUUAAAAGAAUUUAUUAUAAAAUUAGAAAAGCAAUCCAAUAAAAGUAAUCAAUGCAAUUAAAAAAAUGGAUUAAAUUAAAUCUAUUAUAAAUAAUGUGAAUGCAAAUAAAUUAAUGAAUAAGUUUAUAAUAUGA